GGGGUGUAAAAGGUCUGGCGUCGGAACUUCCGGUUCAUGUGAGUGCGCCUGCGCAAAACCUGUUGCAUGUUCCACAGUGUUAUACAGCAUCCCACGUGCCCCAUUCAACUCACGUCUGCCACGUCUUGAUGUCUCUGUCUUAACUCCCAGUUCCCUUUCCCUCCCCGUGUUUUCUGGAAUAUUCUUUUCUCGCCAGCAGGGACCCCCCCUCUCCCACCUAAGAGCUGGUCAAUGAAACUUGUCGCCUCUCGCACAGAAGAGCUCACUCAGACCUCUCUCUCUCUCUCUGCUAUCUUCUCCCCUCAUCGGCGCCCCUCUGCCUCCCUCCCUCCCGUCUUGUUUAACUCCAGCCCCACAAAUCUGACACCGCCUCUUCCCAAUAGCUUAUCUAUUCUCAGCACUGAACCAAUGUGCAAUCAUCUAGCCGGAGCCUUUGAUUACCAUAAGCCAUAAUAACAGUUCACGCUAUUUUGUUUAUGUUUUGUUUAACUAGUGUGUUCCGUGUCUUCAAAGGGGGAGGACCUGGAAAAGGGCGCCGGUCACGCCCAGGUGUCUAAAGUCACAUGACUUAAUGAAUUUACUCCUGUUACUCAGACGUCUGUUAUAUGUGACCUGACAACGUCGCUACGAAAUUGAAUUCAUGUUUAGGUCAGUCAUUCCGGAGACGUAACAAGCUAACCACAGAGGCCCUUGCGAAGACAUUGUCCUGUCUAGGAUGAUAGUCACUUAAUCAGAGGAAAAAAAAAAGGCACUGUCCAGUCAAGUUGACGUCUGUCCAUCAAAUCCGCGUCAAAAGCGACUUAUUUUCAAUUUUCUUACCCAGGUGGAAUUACGGAUUUUUCUUCUUUCCGUCGCAAAAGAGCAAAGAUGACCAGCGGUCAGAUCAGCUUCGCACAGACUCAAAUCAAGCAAUCAGGCCACUGGUCAGUUGUUGGUUUGUUCCAGACAUAGCACGUGGCGUGUAGAAACGGCGGAGGGCGUCCUGCAGACGAUCGUUUGAUGAGCACAGGUGUUGUGAGGGCGCCUACUGCCCAGCAGGUAGAGCUGCCCCCGGUCACUAUCUCCACCUCAGUCAAGCUGUCUACCAAUGCUCACCCGGACGUGGACAGGAUAAUCAGGAUGAGUCAUAUUCCUUUUGAAGGGUGCAGAAAGAAAACAUUGAAAUGUAUAAAUAGCAGACCGUUUCUCAUUACCAUCUGCGUCCUGGUUGUUGUGGAGUGCGCAUGCGUGUUGGCAGAACUGAUGGUAGAUCUUCAGGGCAUUAAAUUUCGCUUUGAAAACGAGGAAACGGAAAUUAACAGAUUUGUCAACCACUUGUACGAAAAAUACCCAGAAGCUUUCGUUGAUAUGGAUAUGAAGUCGAUGUCCGGUGUAAUCAGCGUCCUAGAGCAGUCCUUCGUUUUCAGGACCAAGGAGGACCUUUUAUCGCAGCAAUCCGGCUGUGAGUGUUCCUGCUCUUGCGAUUCGACCACAACAGCGUCAUCGCCUGCUACGACCAGGGCCCCGACUGCGGCCGCUUCCUCAGUAGAAGCUCUAAGAGCGCUGUUGCCUAUAUUGAAAUUAGUAGCGGAGACAACCAACAAUUUGACCGCGCCCGAUGAUGUGUUUUUAACGCCCCUGUCUUUCAGCAACGCGAGCGAUCACUCCGCCCCUGACUCUACCAAUGCUUCAUCAAGCCCUUUAUCAUCGUUGUUUUUACCAUCGUCAUCUUUACCGUUAUCGACGCCGACCUCUUCAACGUAUUUCAACUCACUUACCAACGCGACUUCUCGUUUGUCGCCCGACUCGUCACAUUCGUCGUCGUUUUUAUCUAUUUCUAAUUCAUCGAACGAUGUUUCAUCAACAUCACCAUCGUCGCAUUCCACAUUGUCAUCUUUAUUCUUAUCCUCACCACCGUCGUUAAACUCAACAUCCGCUUCAAUGCCGCAAUCCGCAUCUACUAGCCUUAGCUUCAACAUUUCAUCUCCACAAAGAGGGCGCAGGAAGCGGAACUCGUUCUCAUAUAAUCGUUUGCACUAUGGGAUAGAUGAAGUGCAGUUAAAUAACCUUGACCCUACAAAAGGGCUAUCGGGCGUCGAGAAUCUAGCUAAUCUUUAUAAAAAGCAAGGGCGGGAAAGUAGGAGCACUGAGAUUAGUGUGACUGAUGGAGGUCCGGUCACAGACUCUAGUGGUUUAACGCCUGUCUCACUUGCGAACCAUGAUAGACUAGUCAGUCACGUGACGCGAGCAGCUCUGACCUUGCAGGAUAUCUCUCGCUACAACCAGUUGGAUAAGCAAGGGACUGGAAGCUCCGGUUCCCCCCAAGAGGGGGAUCUUGUAAAUAAUGACCUCAUCACCACCCAUUCCAAAGAGAUUUACACGAAGACGUCUGCAGUGCCUCUUGGAUUAGCCUCCUCAAUUCCAAACGACCCGCCUCGUGAGAGUCCCAGUAAGCCUCUCACUUCCGGUUCCUGGAGCACGGAAGAAAAUUUACAUAGCCUAGAGUUCGGGCGAAGACAAAAAAGACAAGUGAACAGACUAGGAACCGAAACUCUCAUGACGCAGGGCAGCAGCGGAGGCGCUGGACCAACCACUUCGACGUCACAGGCAUUAUACUCUCGAUCAGAGACAUCGUCGAAGGCGCCAACUAGCGCACCCUCGAAUACUGUCCCCCAAAAUACAAAAGAUGAGAUGUCCAUGCUUACAAGCACUGUGAGUUUUGUAAAUAAUAAUUCUUUACCAACAAAAACGUCUAAUGAAGCUCUAAAUGUGCUCGCUGGGAAUCAAACCGCGACCUUCGCCUCAAUUCCAUCCACACUAACCCUAACAGAAAAAACCUAUUCCAACUCUUCGACUCAGAGGCCUCAAAUCGAUAUGGCGGCGUCCUCGGUAAUCGGCGCCACGGUGGCCAGCUCCACGGUGGCCAAUUCGACGACCAGAAAGCCGGUGGCCCUGGAGGACAUCUUCGUGCUGGAGAUCAACAACAUCAUGGACAGUUUCUACUUGGUGGCCGAGUUUGUCCCGAACCGAGUGGGCAGUAAUGACACCAAGAAUGUCCAGUACAAUGAGGAGUACUCCAAGGUGUACAAGUCCAGCAAAGCCUUGCACUUCAUCAGCUUGUCCAUUCUCUCCGUCAUGGUGUUGGAGACUGCCAUUAAACUUUUCUGUACCGGAUGUGCUUUCUUCAAAAAGAAGUUCGAGGUCUUCGAUGCAUUCAUUGUGGUCUCAUCGUUUGCGCUGGACUUUGUUUUCCUGGACAGCCGAUGGUACGAGACGGGCAAAGACGCGACAACCAUUCUAGUCCUGCUGCUUCCCUGGCGAGUGGUGCGAAUAGUCAACAGUUUCUUGAUGACCAUGAAACACAAGCACCAUAUCCAAAUGAUGAACAUGAAGAGAGCCAGGAAAAAGGCUGAACUAAAAGCAGCCAAACUUCAAACUCUCUUGUCAGAAGUCAGGAAAGAUGUUCAGCUUCUUGUGGCCUUGUGUCGGUCUAAUGAGAUUGAAGAGAAGGAUAUAACAGCCUGUCUUUACGGUAAAGGCAGACGGAGCGUGACCUUGAGCGCCAUGUCGACUUGCACCUCCCUGAUGCUGAUCUCAACGCUGGGCAAAGAUGCUGUUCAGGAGGAUGACAUCUAUGGAAAGGUUUUCAAAGAAGCUCUGAAUGAAGGCGACAAUGCCGAGAUGAACUCAGAGAUCCAGCAAGCUGAGGAAGCUGCAAUUGAUGCUGCCAUUGAGCUUGAUGAGAAGAUCAAAGCUAGAAGGAAGUCCAAGAAGUACAAAAGCAAGAAGACGCGAGUCAAACGCAGCUACACAGUACCCAGGAGGACGGCCAGUGUGGACAUCCCUGAGCCGGACAUCAAUGAGAACGAUAGCAACAUUUUUUACAUCAACGACAGUUAUUUGCGAGCUGCUGCUCAGGCUACCUCCCCUAGCGGCAGCGGCGAUUUUCCUCCUGUACCCGGAGGACUGACCAAUUGCAACAUGGUCAGCGAGGAGGACGAACAUCAUUGCAACCAUACUGGACACACAACAGCGGUGGCACAGACGUCAGCGCGGUCAAAGUACCAGAGCACCGCGUCUCUCCGGAGCCUGCCGGUGCGGAAAGGCAGUCGAUCCAAUAGCAUGGUGAUCUAUGUUCCUGAGUUUGAUGAGCCGAUCGAGAUCCCAAUCAAAAAGCAAAGAAAGCGGAAGCCCUCUGUGCAUUUUGACUCUAACGUUUGAAGUGACAACACAAGUCACCUAUCUUUGAAAUAGCGGUACACUGGCACUCUACAAAUGAUCAAAAACUGAAAUACAGUCUACAAGUGACCUAUCACUGAGAUAAUAGUCUACAAAUAUACUGGGUAGUCUACAAAUGACCUAUCCCUCAAUCAAUAUGGUUCAAAAGUAUUGGAUGCAUAUUAUAAAAUUAAUCAGAAAGAAUUUUUUUCAGGAACAGCAACUUGUGUGAUCAAAAUGGUUAGGUUGAGUAUCAAGAUAUAGUUAAAAUUAAUGCAUUAUUAUAGAUCAAUGUUUCCCAAACUGUGUUCCAUGGAACCUUAGUGUUCCGCAAGACCUGAACAGCUGUUCCACGAACUACUGGAAUAAUUAACUAGUGCACUACUAUGUAAAUUAACCACUCUAAAAAAAUAAAGCGUUCCACUAAAUACUCAGAAUGUACAAAGUGUUCCAUAAGAGAAAACAUUUGGGAAACACUGCUGUAGAUGAGAAUAGUUUAGUAAAUCCAAUUUGGACAUGAAACUGAACUAGCUGGGAAAAGUGUACAAGCAUAAGAUUGUAGUUUUAAUUUUUUUUAAGUACUUUGUAUGCUUAUGUAAGAUUGUGUGUGUGUAUUCUUAUGUCAUUUAAUAGUUAAUUUUUUAGCACUGUCAGGAUCAAGAUUUAUUACAGAGAAACAAAACUCAUUGUGGUGUUUAUUGAGAAAUAGUCAUUUGUUAUGCACUUUGGACUGUCGUCAUAAUAGUUCCAAGUUCAAACCCUGCCUACUUCCAUCCCCUGCCAUCCUUCAUGAGGUUUGAUCAAGGAUGUACUUACUAUCUUGAUUUCUGAAGGAACAUCUGAAACUUAAAAAAAACAAAACAUGCAUAUUUUUUUCUGAAAUGACAGGUCUGAAGCGGAACCAGCAUUUAACUGAAUCUUCAUAUGAACAAGUCUAUCAUGUUGGAAGAUAUCAGAAGAGUAGGCCUAUAUAGUUAUUUCUCAAAGUCCCUUUAGCUCUAAGAGCUAGUUCAUAUUUUUUUUUGUAGUUAAAAUAUAGAUUAUUUAUAAAAUUUAAUAAUGUCAAAUUGAGAAACAUAAAUCAAAAAAAAAAAAAGAAAGAAACAUAGUUAAAUAGAAACUGCUUUCUUCACUAAUAAUAUUCAUAAUAAGUUAUUAAUUAAACAUAAGACAGUAUAAUAAAUAGUAAGGAUCUCUUUUUUCUGGGAUUAAAUUAUUUCAUUAUUUCUUGUCAAUUUUUUAAAAAUAUUCCUGAUCAGGUUCAAUUAUAAUUUCUUUAACUCAUUACUGAAAAUUCCAUUUAGCAUCAUCAACAUUUUUAUUUGAAUUUUUUAAAAUGAAUUGUGAUUGUUUACAAUUUUAGUUUAUUUUUUUAAUGUUGGUAACUCACGCCCUCUAGGGAGACUGUUUUGGCAUGUGGCUAUAGUUCUAAUGUGUGUAGGCCAAAUAUGUUGAAACAGUCAUUGGAAGUACACUGAUCUAGCAUUUCUAUCAUUAUUAUAGUUUGUAAUUUUUGGAAAUUUAGUUUGAGAAAGAGAUCAAUUACUAGUACUUUUGAUUACAAUUUAUUACUUUUGAAAAAAACUUAACAUCUUUGUCAAAGAAUAAUUGUUGUCAUAAUAUUUUUAAACAUGUCUACUAGUUUUGAUUUCAACAAAAAGUUUUCUUCAUGAGCUAAGUGGCUACCUAGUCUUGAUGAUCGUAAAUUCCAAACCUGGUAUGUCUUUGGUUAGCACAUUAACUGAAUAAUAGGAAACAAUAUAGUGCAAAGUAUAGAAGUAAAGGCUUCUUACAAUGAUUUAAAAUAAAUGCUACCUGGCCAAUUCGCCCAUACAACUUGUUGAUCCCACGAUGGUUUAGCAUUCAAGAUUUACAAAAAAGUGUGUCAAAUGUGAAGUUUCCUGAGCUAGCCAGGAAAACCAGUGACUUGGCUGAAUUUAAGUCAUUGGUUAAUAUGCAUGACUAAAUGCAUGACGCGUAGGACAUAGCUUCUUUUUUUAAGUAACGUCUGUAUUAUAUAAGAUAAGAUAAGUUUAAUGGAGCUAGUGAUAGUGUCUAAAUAUAAAUACAUAUGUAAGUCAAGGGCAUUAAAUCAAAAUAAGAAACUAGUAGACAAUCUGCUGUUGUUUAUUUAUGAAUGUUCAAAUCAUCACGCACAAUCUUUUGAUUCAUUACCUUUUUUUAAAGCAUAUUUUUAGUUUACACAUAUUGUUUUUUUGGAUAACAAAUAAAGUAACAUUUUUCAUUAAACUUUUGUUUUAAUUUUGGCCAUAAACUUGAGAAUGUUUGAAAACAUGUAUGCCAGGUUAGACUGAUGGAGUCUGCUUCAUCUCUGGCAUAGUAUUUGUGUUAUUGUGUAUACUUUUUGAUUAUUUUCUUGCACCAAUGUUAAAUAGAUCUAUAGCUCCAAUGCUAGAAUCUAUUUUUAGAAUGCUUGUCUGUAUGCAAGAGAGAGUUCAUGUCUGAAUGAGAAUGUCAAAUGAUAAAGAAAUCUAUAAUAAAGUUACAAAGAAACUGUAACCCUUGGAAUUAUUCCCUUCAUUGUUACAUAUAUUAGUCUAAUAUAAGUGUUAAUGCUCUGAUAUCUUCGUGAAUUUCAUGUCUAUAUAUAGUUUAUUGUUGCUCUUAUGACAGCAUUAAUGAUCAUUAUUUAUAUAUUGAAUCUCUUACAUUAUGUCCACUGUGUAUACACUGAAAAAGCUAAAUCAAUUUAAUAUUUCCUGUGAACAUUGCAGUGUUGGAUUGUGUUCAUAAUUAUCUUUAGCCAUAUCUUUUUUUCUUUAAUAGAUGUUUUUUUUUACAUAUUUAUUAAAUAGUUAUAUUAUAAUUAUAUAGCAA